UUUCGUUUGUGUAAUCUAUAUAGUUUAUGAAUUGAAAGGAUAUACUUUAUUGUUAACUUUGAUACCAAUUUUACAGUUGAACCAGGAAAGUGUAUAAAUCAAGACGCUUAUUUGCUGAUUAUUAGCAAUCUUAUUGGGUCAAACCUAAUACAUCAAAUCACUGAACCAGAAUGUUCGCAGAUGUUGACAGUUAAUCAAACAACUACAAUAUUUACGGCGACUGGGGGACAGGACAUGACGUCAACAGCAUACACGACAACGUCAACCAAUGAGCAAACAACACGUACCGAAGCAUCCGUGACAGGGGCGACAACCGGGGGGCUGGACAUGACGUCAACAGCAUACACGACAACAUCAACUAAUGAGCAAACAGCACGUUCUGGGGCAUCUUCGUCAUACGCUAUGUGUCCUUGUCAAUGUGAAUACUUUGAUAAGAUCGAGUACUGGGCCCAGGAAAGUAACCAGCGCAAACAGUAUGAAGAACUGAGCAAGAAACUGGCUGAAAUCAAAGAUAUCCUGAAAAUGGAAACAAAAAACCUAAGCUCCUUUGUUAAUAAGAAGAUAAGCGCUGCCGAUGAUCGUCCGUCUGCGGUUGCCACCGGGUACUUGGGGGCUGGCAUCAUCACCAUUGUGCUGGCUGGCAUAGUCUUGCUUGAUCUUCCUGUGAUUAUUCAGCAAGCUAGGUUCUUAUUCAGGGACAUCAAACGAAUGUGCGUUCGCACACAAUAACUAAAUUUCUACGUUGAUGAGCCUAACCCUUAAGCAUAAUGUUGUUUAAAAGCCAUCAUUUUUCUAUAUAAUUAUGUCUUCUAUAUGGUAAUGAAUAAUUGUUUGCAGUGCCCAAUCUCUUAGUGCGUUCAAAAACUUCAAAAACUUACAGGCAAAAGCUAAUUGGAUAUUUUCUUUUGGUAAAAUUGUAUUAGUUUUCUUUGAUAUAGAACAUAAAGGUGUCGACAUAAAAUACCUGCCAUCUCAUUCUAUCAAUGGUACACAUUGAUCGAACUGUGCGAGUGUAGUUUAAGGAUAGUCAUUAGAAACGAGUCUCAAUUUACAAGUUUUAAACGUAAUGUUUAAUUCAUAGAGCUGGAUGGACAAAGCAAUUUUCAAACUCCUUCAUAAAAACAGAUAUGUAUAAAAAUACAGGAAAGAAUUAUUUAAAUUACUCUUAACUGAAUUUUAUUCUUUACGAAAUAACAGUGUUGCUAAAAAAUGUCGUCAAGGUUAUCUACUAUUAUUGACUAUCAAAGUUGAGUACCAGAGGAAUCCUCAAUUAUAUCAAUAAUCGUUAAAAUUAUUUUCGACCAUUUUAAAUUAAAUUAACAUUAUUGAUUGCCAUAACUGAACGUUGUCAUUAACCAAUGUAUUUUUCAUCAGCUUAUCAAUUUACAAAGACUGCACGAUAGAUUUUCUUUAUAACUAGUGCCUCUAACAAGAUUCAAACAGAAUUGCUUAAUAUAUUUAUAUAUACGAUUGUACUCCCAUACUAUUACGUGUAUCCGUUGAUCUUUGUACUUUUAAUGUUCAAUAUUGAUUUAUUGACACACUGUUUAAAUUUUCACGGUAAAAUACUAGUGAGUUGUUACAACUGGCAUCCGGGCCCUUUGUAUAUCAAUUUGUUUGUAUGUUUGCUUGUAUGUAAUUUGCUUAUUAGGGUAGGCUUGUCUUUCAAUCCCUCCCUACUUGCAAUAGGCAAUCCUUCUUUAUUUGUACCUGCCUGAUGUUAAAUGCGUGCGCUGUGCUUAAAAAAAUCAAAAAAAUUUUG